AUGAAGUGCCUUUUGCUCCUUACUGUUGUUGGGGUUGCCUUGGCAUUGCGUGAUCAAUCCAUCGCUGUACGUGGGAAACUGCUGUGUGGUUCAAAGCCUGCGGCCAAUGUACGUGUGAAGCUCUGGGAGGAGGACAGUGGUAAUGUACAUCCAAAACAUUCCAUGUGGCUUGAUGUUUACGAAAAGCAUCAAGUAGUAAAAAUUAGUAAUUUUCAACGAGUAUUUCUACUGCUAUCGUACUUAGGUCCUGACCCAGACGAUCUUCUCGAUCAAGGCUAUACUGAUGCAAACGGCGAGUUCCAACUGUCUGGUGGCACCGCUGAACUGACUCCUAUCGAUCCAGUCUUCAAGGUAUAUCAUGACUGUGACGAUGGUAUCAAGGUUUGUACUAUAUCUCGUAUUUUAUCAGUUAGAGGUUUGAUUUUCUUUAACGUACAAAUUAUUGUUUAA